CUGGGAAGUUUUGGCUUCAGGAACAAAGAUUAAUAUCAAAAUUUGAUACAAAAAACAUUUAACAGCCUAGCUGGUCAUUUUCCUCUUAUUUGACUUCAUACAAAAUCAACUCCCGCCAAAAUUUGACCCUGCUACUCUAUGAUUGGCGGAAAUCUGAGAUACGUCAUCAUUUAAAUUCUGUUGUUGCAGUCCGUUGGUGGUCGUCGACCGGCGUUCCCGCGUUUUGGUGUUUUGUACAGUUUGAACCCAGCAAUCACACAUUUAAAAUGGCGGGAGGGAAGGCCGGCAAGGACAGUGGAAAGGCUAAGGCCCGUGCAGUUUCGCGGUCAGCGAGGGCAGGACUUCAGUUCCCAGUGGGUCGUAUUCAUAGGCACCUGAAGAACCGCACUACCUCUCACGGGCGGGUUGGAGCCACAGCAGCUGUCUACAGCGCCGCCAUCUUGGAGUACCUCACUGCUGAGGUGCUCGAGUUGGCCGGUAACGCGUCCAAGGAUCUGCGCGUGAAGCGUAUCACCCCGCGGCAUCUUCAGCUGGCCAUCCGCGGAGACGAGGAGCUCGACAGCCUCAUCAAGGCCACCAUCGCCGGCGGUGGAGUGAUCCCGCACAUCCACAAGUCCCUCAUCGGCAAGAAGGGCGGUCCGUCGCAACCUGGCAACAAGUAGACAUCGCCGAGUGGUCAUCAUCUCAUGUACAAACACUCAUUCACCACGGACUGGGCCGGCACCAGCAGCCGCGGCCGAUUUUAGACGGCGCAUGCGCACCGCUGACCGCCAUGCUAGUGCGGUGUCACACAUGACCGGGCCGCCCCGUGUUUUAGAUAGGCGCUACAUGUCGCGGCUUCGGCUGGCACCGGUUUUAGCGCCAUGAUUCAGCAUUGCCUCCAUUCCCUGACGAUUGGCAGUCGUGUGGUUUUUAGGGGCUCGCGCGCGGGGGAGUGGUUGUACGUCUGAUUUGUGCGAGGUGUGUGCGCUGGGGCCCGCGCGGUGCGGCGCCGGACUCCCGGGGCCGACGCAUUGCCUGGACCUGAUCAUCAUCGCUCGCUGCAUCAUCCAAUACAAAUCGUUCGACCAUUCUCA